AUGCUCUUGGAUGAUAAUGACAAUAGCGAAUCUGAUAUCAACAAAGAAGAUAGUAAUGAUGAAGAUAGUAAUGAUGAUCAGGACAAUUAUUGGGACUGGGAUCCUAAAAAACAUAUACCGGAUGGGAUUAUCAAAGACAUUUUGGCAUUUGGAACAAAAAUACAUAAUGCACUCUUGGAUGCUUUAGCCAAUCCUGUGAAAGGUUGGGAUCUCAAUAAUUAUUGA